AUGGUCUAUGUCACUCUUUGUGGUCUCUGGAUGGUCUAUGUCACCUUAUGUGGUCUCUGGAUGGUCUAUGUCACUCUUAUGUGGUCUCUGGAUGGUCUAUGUCACUUUUAUGUGGUCUCUAGAUGGUCUAUGUCACUCUUUAUGUGGUCUCUGGAUGGUCUAUGUCACCCUUAUGUGGUCUCUGGAUGGUCUAUGUCACUCUUAUGUGGUCUAGAUGGUCUGUGUCACCUUAUGUGGUCUCUGAUGAACCACGACACAGCACCACGACACAGAACUACAACAACCACGACACAGAACCCCGCCACAGCACCACGACACAGAACCCCGCCACAGCACCACGACACAGAACCCCGCCACAGCACCACGACACAGAACCCGACAUCACUACGACACAGAACCUCACACAGCACCACGACACAGAACCCCGCCACAGCAGCACGACACAGAACCCGCCACAGCAGCACGACACAGAACCCCCGACACAGCACCACGACACAGAACCCCACAGCACCACGACACAGAACCCCGCCACAGCAGCACGACACAGAACCCCGCCACAGCACACACGACACAGAACCCGCCACAGCACCACGACAGAACCCGCCACAGCACCACGACACAGAACCCGCCACAGCACCACGACACAGAACUACGACACAGCACCACGACACAGAACCCCGCCACAGCACCACGACACAGAACCCCGCCACAGCAGCACGACACAGAACCCCGCCACAGCACCACGACACAGAACCCGCCACAGCACCACGACAGAACCCCGCCACAGCACCACGACACAGAACCCCGCCAGCACCACGACACAGAACCCCGCCACAGCACCACGACAGAGAACCCCGCCCCAGCACACACGACACAGAACACCUGACACAGCACCACGACACAGAACCCCGCCACAGCACCACGACACAGAACCCCGCCACAGCACCACGACACAGAACUACGACACAGCACCACGACACAGGAACCCCGCCACAGCAGCACGACACAGAACCCCGCCACAGCACCACGACACAGAACUACGACACAGCACCACGACACAGAACCACGACACAGCACCACGACAGAACCCCGCCACAGCACCACGACACAGAACUACGACACAGCACCACGACACAGAACCACGACACAGCACCACGACAAAACCCGACACAGAACCCGCCACAGCACCACGACACAGAAAACCCCGCCACAGCACCACGACAGAACCCCUGCCACAGCACCACGACACAGAACCCCGCCACAGCACCACGACACAGAACCCGCCACAGCACUGACAGAACCCACAGCACCACGACACAGAACCCUGCCACAGCAGUCACGACACAGCACCCACAGAACCCGCCACAGCACCACGCCACAGCCUGCAGAUGA